GGAAACUCCCAGUCGCCGCAGCCGCAGCCGCAGCCGCCGCCGCCGCCGCCCUGGUCCCGGAGAGCGCGCCGCGCCGAGGACCGAGCGCCGGGAGCAGCAGCGCCUAGAUAAUGCCCAGGGGUGAGCUGUCCUGAGCCACUGUGUUCCAGCUACCUGUCCACGCACACCCCACGCAGCCUGCAGCUCCUCCCAUCAUGGAGUCCCGGGGGAAGCCGACCAGCAGCCCCAAGCCGGACACCAAGGCCCCCCAGGCUGCUGCUGAGCCCAGAGCCCCGCCAGCUGCAGACGGGAAAGCCCCCUCCGCUAAGCCCGGGAAGAAGGAGGCCCAAGCAGAGAAGCAAGAGCCUGCGGCGGCCCCCACCCCACCAACCGCCAAGAAGACCCCGGCCAAGGCCGACCCCACCCUCCUCAAUAACCACAGCAACCUGAAGCCGACCCCAGCAGCCCCCAGCAGCCCCGAAGCCACCCCCGAGCCCAAGGGCCCUGGGGAUGGGGCCGAGGAGGAGGAAGCCCCCAGCGGGGGCCCCGGGGGCCGAGGCCCUUGCCCCUUUGAGAACUUGACGCCCCUGCUGGUGGCGGGGGGUGUGGCUGUGGCAGCCAUGGCCCUAAUCCUAGGUGUGGCCUUCCUGGCCCGGAAAAAAUGAUGGCCGGUGCCCAGGUGGGGGCAGAGCCACUCUGUACAGACCUCAGGAACGUAGUGCAUGCCCAGCUCACGCAGCUACUAGACAUCCGUACCUUGUAACACAUAUACGCACAGCCCCCACACACGCGCAGGCACCGACAUGGACCGGCCCCCACAAUGGAAAGCAAGCCCCCUCGCGGCCCCCAGCACUUUCCCUCCCCGUCCUGGGCAGACGUCCCGGCUGGGGCCGUGGUCCGGGGGCAGUGGGGGCAGCGGCCCUCCGGUGCGGCCUGCCCGCCACAGUCGUGUCCCCACUGGACACGCUCCUGAGCGCCCGCCGGCCCCGAGAGAGGCCCCGGUGGUCCUGUGUGCUCCCUGGCAGCGGGGUGCGGACAGGUCCCCAGGGCACAGGCCCAGCCUGUGUGGGGACAUUAAAGGGUAUGGCUGUUUCACUCUC